AUGCCGCCCUUGCCGUCCAGUAUCGGCCUGCAGGCACCGCAGCCGCCUCAUCUCCGAAAGAAUGCGCGUUCCAGUCAGCUCAUUGUCAACGGGGAGCCUUUUCUGCUCCUCGGCGCCGAGUUGCACAACUCGACACUGAGCAACGCCUCCUUUUUCUCUUCAUUAUUGCCCAAGCUCAAGGCGAUGAACGUCAACACGAUUCUGGGGGCCGUGAGCUGGGCAAUGAUCGAACCAAUCGAGGGUGAGUUCGACUUUGUCGAACUCGACCGGUGUAUCGUGGCUGCCCGGGAGCAGGGCUUCCACCUGGUCCUGCUAUGGUUCGGGGCGUACAAGAACGCAAUGAGUGUGUAUGCACCAGACUGGGUCCAGCGUGAUAACACACGGUUCCCACGGAUGCAACUCAGGCAGGCUGGUGGGGUGUUGAAGACCGUCAACGUCUUGCAGCCUUUCUGUGACGCCGCCAAAAAUGCAGACGCCAGAGCCUUUGCCGCUCUAAUGAGGCAUGUGCGGGAAUUUGAUUCGGCAUACAGCACGGUCAUCAUGGUCCAGGUGGAGAACGAGGUGGGCUUGAUGGGCGACUCGCGCGAUGGAUCAUCGACUGCCACGCAGUUGUAUCAAAAUCGUGUCCCUGAUGGGACAAGUUUCACAAAGUCAAAGGCAAAACAGGGCCACUCUCGUGGGCGGAAGCGUUUGGUGCUGGGCCACUACUCAUGGCAAGACUUUGGGUACAUUCCUCCGGAGGUUCCGUUGGGCGACCGUCCAGGAGAGUAUCCGUCUGGCGGACCAGUGGGCCAUAAUCUGGAUGUGUAUGUCUACAAUGCUCCCGACAUCCAAAUCUACGGUCCCGACAUCUACUUGCAAAAGUACGAGAUGGUCAGCGAGUGUUUUCGGUAUGGGAACAUGCCUCUGUUUGUCCCCGAGCAGAGAAGGGAUGAGUACGGCGCACGGCGAAUCUGGCCCGCAUACGGAACCCAGCUCGCGAUCGGCUGCUCACCCUUUGGGGUCGACUCUUUAAUGCCUUGGGAAACAUGCCCAUUCACUCUGCACUACAAGCUACUCCACGACGUGCGGAAAUACAUUCUCGAGGCCCAGGCAACCAGCCCGGAUAACAUUUUCGGCUUCUACUAUGACGAAGAGGAACACCCGCUGGAGAAGCCGUGGGUCAAAUCCUUUGGUGACUACGAGGCUACGGUCGAACGCGUCUUCUCCUUUGGGAAGAAAGGCCAAGCCGCAGGGAUGCUGAUCAGGGAACCGGACGGCAAAUUUCUUGCGGUCGGAUUCGGAUACCAGGUCGUUUUUCAGAUCACCAAUCCCAGCUCAGUCUUUACUGGGGUGCUGUGUGUCGAAGAGAUGGAGGCCCAGGAAGAUGGUACUCUGCGGCGGGGCCGAGUCUUUAAUGGCGACGAGACACAGCACGGCAAGUGUCUGGUGAUGCCACCGCAGGAACCGGACUACGGUGGAUUUCCCAUCCCCUUCCACAUACCGGCACGGACAAUGAUGGCUCGGUGCACUGUUUUUAAUUUGGUGGAAGCGGAGGAGAGUACAUAA